GGAAAGUGAAAAUGACAGUCAACAAUUUUUCUCGCUAAAAACUUUGAACAGUCAUAACUCGGCAGAUAUACAACAUAUCUGCGCCAAACUUCCCGUGCUUGUUGAGAGUCAUACCCUGAAGUAGAGCUGGGCGGUAAACCGAAAAUUUACCGUCACCGAAAUUCUUCACGAUGACCGACGUAAUUUUGACCAUGUCGGUAAAUUCGGUAAAUUAAUAAAACAAGAAAAUAGUCUUUUCAUCCCGCUUUGACUCUGUUGUUCGUCUAUGCUCAUUCCCCUUUAAGAAAGCAGUGAAUGUACUUACGUAGGGAGUCACGUGAUCAUCAGGAAGCCAAUCAAACAGAAGCCCGGUAAGCUAACGCUAGCAGCUAAUGCUACAAGCAAAACGUGAUGGAGUGUGGCUUAAGGGAGGCUCGCCAAACUUUCACCCGACAUUUAAUAGACUCUUGGUGGCAUCCAGACGGGCUUUCACCAGCUGUCCUCCCUUGUUCUCACAAUUUCCGGAGAUGGUGCUUUCAGUGCUUUCUACCGGUAGCCAGGCCACAGGCUAACGCUAGCCGCUAACGCUAGCGGCUAACGCUACAAAUGAACGUGAUGGAGUCGGAUAGCUUGUCGAAACGGCUGAAUUUAAUGAGUGGAUUGGGCAUGGACUGCAUCUAGCAAUUACUAUGUCGCGUUAUUUUGUAUCUGACUGUGUGUGAUUUCUCUGAUAGCUUUUGUGAUGGUAAAGCAUUCAGCAUAAAGCACAAAUGGCCCCAGCUAUUUUUCUGUAUGUGCUUAAUUCUGUGUCAUUAUUGCUAUCAUUGUUACGGUGGCUGGAAUGUUCGACCCAAAAGCGCAGCAAUGAGGAGGCAGAGGUGACGAGGAGCCCGAGGGCGUGUUUAAUAAACAAGAAAAUAAAAAGGAAUGACGAGAGGUGGAGGCACUGCAGAGUUGGAAGGCUGAGAUGGCUUGGAGUUGCUGUGAAGAAAAGGGAUAUGAAUAAGUCAAAGUUUGGUUGCGUGAGAGGCCUGUACUUUACCAUGUGAGGUUAGGUGAAGCUCUGGCGUUGAAUGACGUGCAGACCAGUCUUUUGUAGUAGCAGGCUGUUGAUUGUGAAGUGAAGGCUGGUGUGGUGAUUGAUGACAGGUGUGCACAGCAGAGUCAGUGAGGAGGAGGUGAAGGCGAGGCUGAGUGAGCCAUAACAAUCAUAAAAUCUUAAGUGUUUCAUUUGCAGAAGAUCAAUAUAGCUUUAAUGUGUGUCUGUCUGUCUGUCUGUUUGGGGGUUCAUGUAUGUGUGCAUUUAUUAAAAAAUGCACUGGGGGGGAGACCCUGAAACCAUAAAGUAAACACUUGUAUUGAAUAAUUAUGUCACAGCAGCCAUUAACAAUAAAUUGUCUUUUUGAAGUGUACUGUUCGAGCUGCAAGUCAUUUGUGUUACAAUGACAUGUUUGCACAGGCAUAUCGAUUUUGACAAUGUACAUUGUUCAAGCCAUACACUCUGUUAUAAAUGCUCAUACUUGAAUUCUUAUUGUUUACAAUUCAUUUGUAUAAACCUAAUGUCUAGACUGCAUGUACAUUUGUUAAAUAUAUCAAAUUGAAUGCUGGUAACUAAAUCAACAAGAAACUGUUAAUCUGUAUUUCAUGCAUUGAUUCAGAUUUUCAAAUUAUAUAACAGUCCGCUUGGACGACUUUAUCGUCAUUUAUCGUUAUCGAGAUAAAUCUGCUCCAUUUAUCGUGAUACAUGUUUAAGGCCAUAUUGCCCAUCCCUACCCUGAAGGGCCUUGUAGGGGUCAUUUGCAUCAACCCUACAGCGCCAACUAGUGGCAAUAGAAAGUCACUCGUUUUUCCAAUACAUGUCCAGUUCUUUUCAGUUUGGUCAUUCUAGUUUCAAGACCUAUUAAAAUACUUAUUUACGGCCCAUGUCCACGUGUCUGUCUGUUGCCGUGACGACCCUUUGUUCGCCAUUUAAAGGAAAUAUUUUUUUUCCAGAGAGUCAGGCAGCUUAUAGAGCCACAAUAUUUGGCACACUUGGUCGAAUUGGCCCAGUUAGAAGCUUAAUUUUGGUUUUGAAUAAGGGCUUGGCUGCACAGCUCAGUAGUACCUCCUUUUUUGUAGUAGUCUCUCCAAUAGGGGUUUUUAUCUCUUGGGUGUGGUAAUGUAAGAGGCGACUUUCGAGCAUGUUAAGUUCUAAUGAGAUGAUUAGAGAGGAGGAUCUGCCACCACCCUGACCUGCACACAGUCCGAGUUGCGCUAGAUUGCGAGGGCCCGUUCAGUCCUGCUUGCAGGCCUAGUUUUUGUUGUUAUUUAACUGUUGCCACAAUAAAGUGAAGGAAGCCAUCAUUCACUCCUCUCCUUUCUAUUUCCCUAUUCGGGCUAUUACAAUAUGUUCCGGGACCUGUCCACGUGCCGUCAUCCCUGCGCUGUCAUAUGUACUACACUGUUCCACAACUGUUGGCAGCUCUGCUUUGACAAAGUCAUCAGUCAUCUAUCCAAAAAUCACACUUACUUUUUUGCAAAUCCUUGAUCAUAAGCAGACCGGUUGAGGAAGCAGGCAUCUUCGAAGUCCUUGUAGCAGAGAACACGACUCGAUGAUGGCGUGAAAUUCAUUGUGCGAACAAAAAGAUGUCCAUUUACGUGCCCUGCUAUCCUUCAGCCACUCAUACAACUUUUCUUUAGAUUGAGAACAAUACAUCGCCACACACCGCCGUGGCAUCUUACCGAGAAGCAAUGCAACAAUACUGGGUGUAUGACGGACUUCCCUCGCAGUUCUCGGUGUGACGUCAUUUCCGAAGAUUGCCGAAGAUUUCCGAAGAUUGUGGAAGAAAAGCAUUUUCGUUGUCAAGGGUGUUGCUAUGGGUUAAACAAAGAAUCUGGAAGGGUUGCGUUAAAAAAAAUAACGAAAAUAUGCUUAUAAUUGUUUAGCCAUUGAUAUCAUUCAAAAACAUGGUUGGCCAACCUGACUUCACAUUUGGUCUUUAAGAAAUAGAGGUGCCGCUGUGCUUUCUUGGCGAGUGACAUGGUGUUAGUGGUCCAAGAGAGGCCCUCAUCGAUGUACACGCCUUUUGUACUGGUUACUCUCUACAGCAGCCCCAUCAAUGAUCAGUGGCAGGUGUUGGCUGUGGCCUCUCUGGAAGUUGACAACUAUCUCCUUUUUUUUUGUUGACGUUCAGGAGGAGGUUGUUUUCUCUGCACCAUGUGGCCAAAAGUUCCAACUCAGUCCUGUAGUGCGUCUCGUCGCCGUUGGAAAUGAGGCCCACAUGAGUGGUGUCGUCCACAUACUCUACCAAAUAAUUGAUGCUGUUGGUUGUUUUGCAGUCAUAUGUAAAGCGCAUGGAGCUCAGAACACAGCCCUGUGGGGCUCCUGUGCUUAAGGUGAUGGUGCUCGAAAUGUUGUUGCCGACACGUACUGCUUGCAGUCUCUUGCUGAAGACGUCCAGCAACCAGUUGCAGAGGGAGGUGCUAAGUCCUAGCUUGUCCAGUUUGCUAAUGUGAGGGCUGGGUGUAGGUCAGAGCAGAUUGCUUCAUCUGUGGAUCGUAGAUAUAGAGCGAGGAUGUCAGUGAAAAUGUGCUUUAGUUCCUCAGCGUAGUCCUUCAGGACUCGCCCAGGGAUACUGUCUGGGCCUGUUGCCAUGUGAGGGUUGAUGUUGGUGAGUACUCUUUUCACGCUGGUAACAGGCAGGAACAGUGGUCGGUCGUGGGGCGGGGCUGGUGUUUUCUGUGGAAGCGUGUUUUUUUUUUUGUUCCUCAAAGCCUGCGAAAAAGCGGUUCAGGUCAUUCAGCAGAGGUAAAAUGCCCCCCUUCCCCCGCGCCUCAGGCCCCGUCGAGUAGAAAGCCACCGCAGUGACACGGAAGCCUUGGGCGCAGGCCUGGGUGUAGCCGCUGCGGAUGCACCGGUGGUCAUCUGCUGCUCUGCUCCGGACGGAGCCCGUGGGGAAAGCUGGAGAAGGGCCAAGGUCCCCCUACCCUUACUUGAGUCAAAUUUUUGCCUACUCUAACCACAUCUGCUUAUGUCAUUGUUUUAAAAAGAAAUCGGACUUUAUAAGUAUUUGAGGCUGGAUAAGGUCUUUUUCAUCUGGCAAACCCUGGCCAUAUGUGCAUACAUAUUUUGCAGCCUACCUGGGAGAAUUUGACGGAAACUUCACGUGGAACCGAAUAGGAGCGGGUAAGACGACGAGUGCGAUUAGCACAUACGAUGGAUGACCUCCUUCGAUGGCCCGCUUGCGUCUGCCCCAGAGUACCCAUGCGGCGUGAGCGUGUGGAGCCUGCGGGCAGUACCGGCUGCGUGCGGCGCUCUAUGCGUCCCCCUGGCAUAUUGCCUGACUCUGGAGUUGGGCUUUGGGCGCGCGGCUGCAACGGGAGCAGCGCUUCUACUCUUGCUAGACAACGCUCUGAUCGUCCAAUCGCGGCUCAUGUUGCUGGAGAGCGUGCUGAUCUUCUUCGUCCUGGCGGCCUUCCUGUCUUACCUGCGCUUUCACCGCACCGGGCAAAGGUGUCCCACCAGAUACGCUUGGAUCCUCCUCUCUGGGACGUCCUGUGCUGCCGCCGUCGGGGUGAAGUACGUGGGUGUGUUCUCCUACCUGCUGCUGGUAGGUGUGGCCUGCAUACACUGCUGGAAGCUAAUUGGUGAAACGCAAGUGAGCGGGCCGAGAGUGUGCGCAGAGUGCAUCGGGCGUGGCGCGUGUCUACUGGCGGUCCCGGUGGGGCUCUAUGUCCUCUGCUUCUACGCGCAUCUGACGCUCCUGCACCGCAGUGGACCCCACGACCACAUGAUGAGUCCCGCCUUUCAAGCUAGCCUACAGGGCGGUCUGGCCAGGAUCACCCGAGGACAACCUCUGGAGGUGGCCUACGGCAGUCAGGUGACCUUGAGGAGCUCCGCCUCCCGCCCGGUCCCAUGUUGGCUCCAGUCUCGCAAAGCUAACUAUCCCGUCAGGUACGAGAACGGACGAGGCAGCUCUCACCAGCAGCAGGUCACCUGUCAUCACCUUAAGGACGUCAACAACUGGUGGAUUGUCAAGAACCCCCGCAGGGCCGAGCUGUCCGUUGGCAGUCCUCCUCAGGCGGUGCAUCACGGAGACGUGGUCCAGCUACUUCACGGGAUGACGUCUCGCUUCCUCAACAGCCAUGAUGUGGCCGCCCCUUUGAGUCCCCACGCCCAGGAAGUGUCGGGAUAUGUGGACUUCAACGUGUCCAUGCCCGCACAGAAUCUUUGGAAAGUGGACAUCGUGAACCGCGAGGAAGAUUCCGAAGUGUGGAAGACCAUUGUGUCGGAGGUCCGCUUUGUUCACGUCAACACAUCUGCCGUCCUCAAGCUGAGCGGCUCAUCUCUUCCCGAUUGGGCGGCGGGUCACGCGGAGGUGGUGGCAGACAAGGUUAAAGGUCCAGGAGGCAGAGCCACUUGGACCGUGGAGGAGCACCGAUACGGAACCGGCGAGGAACGGGAGGCGGAGCUUCAGUCUCCCACCCGCGUCGACGUCGAGCGCCGGAUUUCCCUGUGGUCUAAGUUCACCGAGCUUCAGUGGAGGAUGCUGACAGUCAAACAGGAAGACAUCGAGCACAAAUAUAGCUCCGCACCAUUAGAAUGGCUCACCAUGGAAACCAACAUCGCUUACUGGCUCCACCACUCCACUAAUGCUCAGAUCCAUUUGAUUGGUAACCCCGUCUCGUGGGGUCUGGCCAAACUCAGCCUUUCCACCUAUCUCAUAAUGGCGGCCGUCUACCUGCUGAGAAGGAGGCGGGGCAUCAAAGAUUUAACAGAGGGUGCGAGCCAAGCGACAAACAUCCCUCACAUCUAUGCGUGGGAGCGUUUUGUGAGCACGGGCGCAGUGUGCGUGGGCGGCUGGCUGUUGAAUUUUGCUCCCUUCGUGCUGACUGAGAAGCGCCUGUUCUUGUACCACUACCUGCCGGCUCUGGUCUUCCUGCACCUGCUGGUCCCCGCGCUGCUGGAGCACCUGCACGAACACGUGCUCAGCAUGGAGUGGCAGUGGCGCGCGCUGCGGGCGUGCGCGCUGGCGGCACUGGCUUGCACCUUCCUGUCCUACCGCGCCUUCCGCCCUCUGACCUACGGGAGCCCGGAGCUGUCGGCCGACGAGCUGCGAGCGCUUAAAUGGAGGAGCUCCUGGGACAUCCUGUACCGACGGCGUUAGACUCCACCUCAUUGCACGAUGCCAAAGGACCGCACUUUUGACCAUCAACUAGAAAAUGCCAUCCCUGGUUAAAUUGCGAAAAUCGCAAUUUUUUUUUUUUUUAACACCGGUCCUAUUCAGCUGCAAUGAGAACUAAUCUGAGCAUCUUUUAAGGCUGGAACUGCCUCUCUCCCUCCCCCUCACUUCUUGGUCAUUCAUUGUCAGACGGAAGCAGCACGGCAAAACGCCAGGCUGAAAAAAUAAGUAAAAAUAUCAAAAUGGCUUACCUCUUCGUCCCCUGUAGGCCCAUGGCCCCCAACAAAAUGUUUGCUGCAUAUGAAAUGUGAAUGGCUUCACCUUGCUGGUGUUAAAGUGGUCUUUCGGACGUCCGCGCAAGUUGAUCCAUUCUUCCUCCAAUUUUUUGGUUUCGGAAAAUAUGUAGAAAACAUUCUUCAUAUUUCGUCAUGUCUAGUCGUUUCUACAAGUUCCAUAGCAGCUGAGUUUACUUGGCAUGUUCAUUUUUGAAAGAUUAGGGAGAAAACAAGCCGAAAUAACAUGGAUUGUAUGCGAGGGCGUGUCUAUAAUGACCCACUUCUGCAUUACAAUGGCGACGUCACGGUCUAAAAAUAGCAUUCGUACGGUACACUAUUGGUGUCUUAUGAGUUUCCAUGUACAGGAAAUGACCCUGAUUGCUUGAAAAUGUAAAGGAAAUGACCCGAUAUCAACAGAAAGUACCCUAAAAUAAACAGAAAGGACCAACAACAAACGGGAAGUGAUGAGCAAAUGCAAUGCAUGGACUUUUUUCAAGAUCCGCUGUUGGCUCAUCUGCAGUUGAUACAAUAUAAGAAGUACAAAUGAUUGUUGUGUACAGUACUGUGAUUUUUCGUCACCUCACGGCCAGUGUUAGACAAGGAAGUAGCAGAAGAAAAAUUGGAACUCCUAAUAUACAGUGAUACUUUGCUACUUUGUGUAACAUCGUGGAUUUUUAUUCUUGUUUUAAGAAUAAAAGACUUCU